GCAACGUAACCCACAUUUAAACCGUUCGCUGCGGUUAUGUUAGAACAAGUCUUCUAUGACGUGAGUGGAUGUGAAUAUCGUACGGAUAGAACGUAAGCCAAGGUCAUCGAUGUUCACACUGUCUCAAACUGUUUUUACCCACCUCCCGCGAGCCUUGAAGAGAAAACUCGCGUGUCUAUGUUUGGCAUUUCUCUUCAUUCUUUCCCUAGCCGGUUAACUAGACGAGCAUCGCUAUUCGCUUUCUAAACAUUCCUUAGCUACAAAUUCCUCUAGUCACUAUAACGUUCAUUCAAUAUUGUGAAGAAUCGCCUGUUAGAAAAACCAAACGACCAUGUCACUUAAUACCGAAGGUGAAAAGAGUCUUGAAUUCGUUUUGAAAAGUUUAUUUUCCGGUGGCGUAGCUGGGAUGUGCUCAAAGACCACGGUUGCACCACUGGAUAGAAUAAAAAUACUGUUGCAGGCGCACAGUAAACACUAUAAACAUUUGGGUGUAUUUGCUGGGCUCAAUGAGAUAGUGCAACGUGAGACUUUCUUUGCCUUGUGGAAAGGAAACGGUGCUCAGAUGGUCAGAAUUUUUCCAUAUGCAGCUACACAGUUUACUACGUUUGAAAUAUAUAGGAAGUAUUUAGGAACAUUGCUGGGUAAUCGAACCCAAAUAGAUAAAUUUCUGGCUGGUUCAGGGGCGGGAGUUACCGCGGUAAUGUUAACAUAUCCACUUGACACGAUCAGAGCCCGUUUAGCUUUUCAAGUAAGAGGAGAGCACGUCUACACCGGCAUCUUUCACACGGGUGCUAGUAUUUUCAAAGAGGAAGGAGGACUAAGAGCGUUGUAUCGAGGAUUCAUACCGACAAUAUGUGGGAUGAUUCCAUAUGCUGGCUUAUCUUUUUACUCAUUUGCAAAGCUAAAGUUUCUUUGUAUGACGUAUGCCCCAAAUUACUUGUGCAACAAGUGUAAUAGAAAUACUGGCGGACUCGUUCUCACAUUACCUGCAAAACUACUUUGCGGUGGGUUUGCCGGGGCAGUAGCUCAGAGCAUAUCUUAUCCUUUAGAUGUUACGAGGAGACGGAUGCAGUUGGCUAUGAUGAAUACGGACACUCAUAAAUUUGGCUCCGGAAUGGUUGCGACGAUGAAACUGAUCUACCUGGAAAACGGAAUUGUCAAAGGUCUUUACCGUGGAAUGAGCAUAAAUUACCUCCGGGCUAUCCCUAUGGUCGCUGUAAGUUUUUCAACGUACGAGUUGAUGAAACAAAUGUUUGACCUCGACACCGGUAUGAAACUAUGAUCGGAGAGAUUGGUCAAGGGAAGUAAUCUAGAAUAAAUGAAUAGGUAAAAAAAAAGUAAAGAAAGAUGUUGCAUACCGUGACAGCGACAAGGUCAAUAAUAAAACGACAUUUAUUCCUGUAAUACUAUUUUGGGGUCACGAAACAUGGUCUAUCAUAUGUUUAAAUGAGUAAGGAAAUGGUAAUUGUAGUGACAAAUGUGCAGUACGCGCGUCACAUGGUCAGACGUUUGUUCGUUUUUGUUCUUUUUACUUUGGCAUAAAAAUGCCCGAACAGAAUCUACAAACUCUAUUCUUAUGUACGGACGUUACGCAUUGUCAAACCGGACCAUUUGAGCUUCAUUUUUUGAAGAGAAUUGCAUAAUUAAUUUGGCACAGAGUUAACGGAUGAUUGUGACAGAUCUUGUUGACAAAUGUCAAAGCCCAAAUGUAAAGUUCGUUACAUUUACAGGUUGUAGUUAGAGACUCGUUCUCAUCAUAAGCUAUUAGUUUAUAAUUUUCUAUCUAGUUAAAUUAUCUGAUAAAAGUAAUAAGACAGAUCGACUAGUUGAUUGGACGAGGCUAUGAAUUUUACGCUUGUAAAUCCAUACGCCCUAGUUUGUAGUGAGAAAAUUUGACUCGAGGUUCUGUGGGAACCCGAUGUGUCAUUGUUCUUCUAAAUAUUUCCACAAAAAUGCAGUCCGAAACAACAUUCUAAGACUUCUAACUCUCAUAGACUGUAUUUUUUAUGUAUAUUUAUCAUUCCGUCUAAGACCAGCAUAAAAUAGUUAAUUUCUUCAACAAUGGCAGAAGAAAUAGUCAAUGUCUACAUUUUAUACCAACAAAAAUAAUAAUGAGAAAGAAUUUCUCGUCAACAUUGCAAUUUUAGAAUAUUCUCAGUAUUUAUAGGCAGCAACAACGAUUUUAUUUAUUCUUGGUAAAAGUUCUGAACUUUUGAAUGUGGUCAAAACAGUAGAAAGAAAGUUCAAAAGAACGAUUUCACUGUAUUUGUUAAACAAACAAAACUACUCCAGCAGUCCAGUAUAUCGGUGAAUUAUUGUAGGCGCUAGGCAGGUCAGGAUAGACAAGAAUUGUAUAUUUAUUUGACUUCUCGUUCAAUAAAAUACAGGUGUUGAAGAGUAAUGGAGGAAAAAAAAUAUAAAUAAAUAAUUUGUCAACUGUAUGUAGAUCAUAGCAAGAAAAUUUGUUAAUAAACAUAUGAAUUUGUAUUAAA